AUUUUUGCGAUAAGGUACUGAUAAUUAAAUGUAUUUAAAUCCACAUCCCAGACCACCCUCUAAAAGUUUUCAUUAAGAAAAUACUACAGAACAAUACAACAAUGAAUUGCAAAUUGAUUUUAGUUUUCCUGGUGGCUCUCAUCGCUACCUCAAACUGUUUCUUCCUUACAGACAUAGGAAAAGGAGUUGUAGGAUUGGCUGGAAAUGUGGUGGAAGGAGCUGGUAAUGUGGUAUACCAGGGUGGCAAAGCAGUCGUUAAUGGAGCUGGACAAACUGUUGGCGCUGCAGGAAACAUUGUUGGACAAGCAGGUACUGCAGUGGUUAAGGGAACCGGUGCAGUGGUAAAAGAAACUGGCAAAGUUGCUGAAAAAGUAGUUGACAAAACUGGAAAAGUUUUGACCGGACAAGAAGCGUUGGCCAACCUAAAUGUAGACACCAAAGUGAAGAUCUUGGGUAAUGAAAUCGGCAUUAAAGGAGGAGUCAAACUUGGAGUUGGAAAGCAACUAGGAGCACAUGCUGGCGUGGACGCGAAUAUUUUGGGACAAAAAGCUAAUGUCAAUGCUGCUGUACUCAAUGCUCAUUAAAAUCAUCGUUAGUAUUACUUAGUUAUUAGUGCAUAAUAAGUUCAUGUUUUUUGUAUUAAAUUUGUUUUUUUUACAGAAAUGUUAAUGUUAAUUUUUGUUAAAAAAAAUAAAAGUUCAAAAUAUU